AUGGCUUUCUGGACAAUAAAGAGUGGCUGGAGUACUGUCUUGCAAGCACCACCCCAUGCAACUAUACCAAACUCCAAAAGGGACUGGACAUAUGCAAAAGAAAUCGAGUCACCAUCAAUUCUAGUUGGCUUCUUUAUACACUGUACAAGACCAGCACCGACCAAACAGUCCAAGUACCUCUUCGUGAUUGGGUCAUCUGAGAACAAAUUUAUAUUAACAUCUCCUACCAGAUUGAAGAACAAACCUUAUCGCUCGAAGCGCCUUCAGCUUCCCAGGCUGACAGUGUUUCAGCAGAUGCCAUUUCUGUAUCCACUGAGAACUUUCAACCCAGUGCAACGUCAACUCCUAAAGGAAAGAAGAGAAGACCACACAACAGAAAAGUACCAGUGCAUUUGAUGAAAUUGAGAUUACAGCAAAAGUAAGUAACUUAAUAGUUUACAGAAUAUAAUUAUCAGCGAGUAUAGUAAAUUAUUAUUUCCCUCUAUAAAAAGAAGUGAAGUUUUUUAUGGUCCAUAUCCUUGUAUCUACCAAACCACCGG